AUGCAGCACUCUCAAUUGGCCCCGCUGCCAACAGAGCUGCCCUUUCGAAUCGUAUCAAAAACAAUCGGCCAAGGCGCCUAUGCCUGCAUCAAAAAAGCAUGCCCCCUCACAGAGAAUAACCCCAUCUUCGCCGUCAAGUUCAUCCACAAAGAAUACGCCUCUCGUCAUGGCAAAAUUACCGCGCGACAGCUACAGAUGGAAGCGACAGUUCACAAACACAUUGGCGACCAUAGAAAUAUCAUAUCCUACUUUCAUACCGGCGAAGACGCAAUAUGGAGAUGGAUCGCAAUGGAGCUUGCUGAAGGAGGCGAUUUAUUCGACAAGAUUGAGGCUGAUGCAGGUGUUGGCGAGGAUAUUGCCCAUUUUUACUUCACGCAGCUUAUUAGCGCAGUAAGCUACAUGCACUCAAAGGGAGUUGGACAUCGCGAUAUUAAGCCUGAGAAUGUGUUGUUGUCUGCGAAUGGAGACUUGAAAAUUGCGGAUUUUGGUCUUGCGACGGUCUUUGAAUACAACGGCAAAAUGAAAGCGUGUACCACACUAUGCGGAAGUCCGCCAUACAUCGCACCAGAAGUAAUAUCAUGCAGUACACGAGGUCAGAAUAAAGGAAGCGGAUAUCGAGCCGACUUUGCAGAUAUUUGGUCCUGCGGCGUCGUUCUUUUCGUGCUCCUGGCCGGAAACACGCCCUGGGACAGUCCGACUGAAGAAAGUUUCGAGUUUAGCGAAUACCUCGAGAAAAACGCCCGCACAACCGAUGAGCUCUGGCAGCGACUACCCCCCUCUGUUUUGUCGCUUCUUCGAGGCAUGAUGAAAGUCGAUGUCGCAAGUCGAUUCACAAUGGAGGAUGUCAGGCGUCAUCCCUGGUUUACCCGAACAAACAAGUAUAUCUCGUCAGACGGCAAACUACGAGAUCAACUCAACCUCGCAACCAGCAUGUUUGAGUCGCUACAUAUUGAUUUUUCGCAAGAUCCGCUUGCGCUACCGCCGUCACAGUCCCAGCGAAGUCGACAGAGUGGUCCCUCGUCCUCAGCUAUGGAUAUUGAUGUACCAGAAAGUGGCGAUGAUCUACAAUCACGAUUAUCAUCCACACAACCAGAAAUGCCAAUGGACAAUGUUACGGUAGACUGGGACACACCCCUCGUCAACGCGUUCUCCUCCACUCAACCAACAGACCACAUCAUGUCCACAACGCAAGACUAUCAACUCGCCGACCGCCUCGAGGAUGAACCCGCCAUGUCCCAAUUCAGCCAAAACCCGUCUGUCCCACUGAGUCGAACCCAAAACGCACAGAGCUUCCACGACAUCAUCCCCUCACGAACCCUGAACCGAUUUUACUCUACCUGGGGCUUGAAAUUACUCGUCCCCGUUCUAAGUGAAGCCCUGCAUAGACUCGGUGUACCCGUCCCCAACCAAAUCGCCGGUAUGGAAACGGGAGGUCCAGUUGUCAUUCGCGUCGCUACCAAGGAUCAACGACUUUGUUUAUUGCAAGGAAACAUAAUUGUUGAAUCUGUCUCGGAGGGACUUUUUGAGGUUGAGUUCACAAAAGUGAAAGGGGAUCCAUUGGAAUGGAGGAGGUUCUUUAAGAAGGUGGCUGUUUUGUGUAAGGAUGCAAUAUAUAGACCCGAUCAAUGA